UUUUCUCAACAUUUUAAAUGUUUGGGGAUGUCCUGUGGUAAUUUUAGUGGUUGGCAUCAUCCAUUUCUUCUCUAAAAUCAUGACCAGAUUAGAAUGUGAGACGGGACAAAAAAAUAAUAUUUGACGAAUAAUUAUAGCGCUGUAUCAUUCGUAAUAUUAUCAACGGGAAAUGAGUGCAGAGAUUUAAUUUAAUGGCAGGAGUCACGUUCCGUCCCGCUUAUCUUCGGUUUGGAAAUCGUGAAUAAGUCUCAGGCAAAGGCGACCCCACUGCGCGUGGCGCUGGUACAUAAAAAAUCGCAAAGGAAAGCAGGAAAAUGUGUAAAAAUUAUUGACGGAGAUAACCGAUUAGUUUGAAAGGCUUUUUGCAUCAAUCAGUGGAAUUGCUCAAAUGUCUACUCGUACUCGUCUUAAAUUGUCCAGUCAACCGUUUAUCAGAUGCCAACAACAGGCUAUACCUGUUCUGCGUACGGACGUGGCCCAUUUACCAUGACAGUCCACUCUGUGCCACUUUUUGUUUGGAAUAGAUGAACCCUCAUGAAACGGUGAAAAUAGCCUACCACUCCUUUAUUUGUUUUCCCUCUGUUCCUCCGUUAACUCUCUGGCUGGUUUAGGAGGGCACGCAGCUCUUGGUCACGUAACCGUACGGGGAACCCGUAAUGCGCCGUAACAUUACGCACAGGUUUGUCUACUAAAAUCGACCCUGCUUCACGCGCCCUGAUUGCAUGGGGCGGGCUGAAGUUUCUGUCACCAAACAGACAAAGACUGCUUCCUUGGGCAGAGGCAUACACUACUAAAAAAAAUCGAGCAAGUAUCCAUAGCCGUUAACAUCAUCAAUAAUUUACUGGGCUUGUCAUCACGUCCGUGACACUAUCAGACUCGCGCGCACUCGACAUAGAAAACCAAAGGCGUGUGGUCAUCACUUGCCUUUUAAUCUCGCACUCUUGUGUGUCGGUUUGGCUCGCUCAAGAACAAUCUUGAUAAGUAGGCUACUGGCACUCUGAUCAAUCAACUGAGGUGGCUCUCUCUCACUGGCAGGCAUCAAAGGUCAAAGAGACCAGCAACUUCCAGUCGUCGGCCAUGUUUGAUGUUACCGAGACAACAACGGACGUUGAGGGUGUGAGUUCAGAGAGCACUUUGGGGUCCUCCGUCACAGCCUGCAAGAAGGUGCUGUGCAGUAACAGUCUGCUGGACUCCACGGAGUACUGGCUGAAGAACGAUAAGCCGCUGUGCCGCCUCGGCCUGCUGGAGCAGCGCAGUGACCGCUCCUGCACCACGGUGUGCUUUGUCAACCUUGAUCGUCAUAACGCCGAUCGCCACGAUGACAGCUGUAUCAAGAAGUUGGCGUCUGUCUCUCCUGAGUUGCCGAGGCUGAUAGAGUCUCUGGGAGUGCGGCAGCCCAAAGAAAAUGAGAUCCUGCUGCUGAGCGGACUGCAGCCCCCUGAACCCUGUCCUCCUGAACACGCCCAAGCACAGAGUCAUCGGGCAGCAGAUGUGUGUUUGGUCCAGUGUGCGAGAGGGCGUCGCCCGACCCAGCCGGGCAGCAUCAUCUUCGAGAUAAACAAGUUUCUGAUUGGCCUGCAGUCCGGCCAGGAGAGGCACCGCCUCAGCCGAUUGGCCAACCAGCGUGUCACCGAUGAUGACACCAACCGCUCUGUGUCCUCCAUUGAGGAAGACUUCCUCACAGCCUCGGAGCACCUGGGAGAGGACAGUGAGGAGGACCCCUUCAGAAACGAAGCAGAUGGAGUGGAUGUGGGAGAGGUGGCGGCGGAGCUGCUGAGAAGGAGUCGCCUUCCACCGCGUCAGCGCAGGGGUGUAGCCGGGACCCCCUCCCUUGACCAGAACGACAGCGAGGACUCCGAAUCCACCCUGCGGUCCUCGCCCGCCUCCGUCUCCCAGAAUCCUCGCGAGUCGGCCGGCCGCUACGCCACCAAUCUGGCCGAGACGGUGCUGCAGGACGCCUUCAUCCGUCUCUCACAGGACGAGGCGCCCUUCUCCCCCGCCGCAGCCCUCAGCCUGCCUUCGUCCUCCUCUUCCUCGUCCUCCUUCCAGCUCCCCAAAAUCGUCAUUGUCCAGAGCCCCGACUGCGCCGAGGACGCUACCGGCGACUGGCCCGAUCAUGGGCCGGACGUAGCCGCACCACGCGCCGCCGGCGAGCGACACCGACCAGCCACGCAGCGCAAGCCACAUCAGCAACGGCACCAUCAUCAUCCUCAUCCACCGCACUCCAAGCAUCAGCACCAGAAGCUCAAUCAGGAGGCCCAGCAACAGCAGCAGCAGCAGCAGCAGCAUGCAGCCUCCAAACCCCUGGAGGUGGCACUGGCGUGUGCCGCCAGUGUGAUUGGCACCAUCUCCACUCCGCAGGUGGCACAGCAUCUGGCCAUGGACCCUGCCGCACGCACAGCGAUGGACGCCGAUGAGGAUGACGGACCGGUGGAGGAAGAGGAAGAGGAUGAGGAUGAAGAUGAAGGGUGUGACACGGAGGAGGGCGAGUUCUCCCUCACCUCGGCCAUGUGCGGGAUGGCGCAAGUGGCUGGAGCCGUGGCCGCCGUGGAUCUGCCCUUUGACCCCGUGGAGCCGGACGAUGGCAGCGGGCGCUACUCGCCGUCUCUCGGGCUGCUCUCGGCGGCGCAGGCCAGCGCGGCCGUGCCGCUCCACGCCAGCCUGGCCGAGGGCACCAGCGUGGAGGCGUCGCGUGCCAGUCUGGCACGGGCGCUGCUAAGCGAGGCCACCGGCCUGCUGGCACGACCCCGGCCCCAACGGCAGCAGCUGCGGCAACGGCAGCCUCGCAGCGUGGCACAGCUACUGGAGAGCACACAGCGCCGCCUGCUGGCCGGGGUGACCGGCACCGAGCGCAGGGUCAGGGACGAAGGACCGGACGAGGAGGAGGGGGGCCGAGGGGAGGUCGAAGAGGAGGAGUAUGCCGAGGAGGAGGUGGAGGAGGAGGAGGAGGAGGAGGAGGAUGACGAAGAGGAGGAGGAGGAGGAGUUUGUGAGAGACGUGGCGGAGAGCGUGCUGGCGCACGCGCUGGAGAAGGCGGCCAAGCGGCGUGAGCUCGAUGGCCGGCAGAAGGACGCAGGUGGCGCCGGCGACUGGGAGGGGCAGCUGCGCGACACCACUGAAGGCGUCCUGUUCGCUGUGCUCCGGCUGACCGCCCGGCGUCUCGGACGCGUGUCGCGCCACGCAGCCAAGAAGAGCCACCGAGACCGCAACCACGACGGCAGCGGGGUCCGCAGAGAAGGGGAAGGAGGAAGGCUCUUGCAGGCCCUAGAGAGGGGAGGAGGAAGAGGAGGGGGAGUCUUGGGGACGGUAGGAGCUCCCGGGUCACACAACGGGUCACCUCAGCGCGUCCGCAAACCCAGCGGAGACGGCGAGCAUGCCCUGACCUCAGCGUUUUCCAUGGAGCAGGAGAGCGGUGGUGGAGGGGUAGACAGAGGCCAGGGGAAGCGAGAAAGAGAGCGCAGCAUGGAGGCCAAGCUGCCGUCGCUGGACAGCUCGCCGCGACACGACCCGCGUCUCAGGGCCAGGGGUUACGAGGUCAAGCCCUACGCCCUGAGCCCGCAGCACUCGCUGGGCGACACGCGCACGCCCGUCACCUGCUUCGCCGAGGAUCUGGCCGCCACGGUGGUCUCCAUGGCUACGGAGCUGGCCGCCAUCUGCCUGGAGAACUCGAGCGGCAAGCAGCCGUGGUUCUGCGCGCUUAAAGGCUCGGGGGCUCUGGGCGGCAUGAUGACCGCAGGGGCCGGGCUGGACGCGGGGUCGUACCUACUGCCCACCUGCCGUUCGGCUGCCGGUGGUGGAGGAGGAGGAGGAGGAGGGGGGCUCCGUAAGAAGCACCGUCCACCGAGGCUGAGCGAGAUCAAGCGGAAGACGGAGGAGCAGCCUGAGCUCAUGGAGCGGCUGGUUAACCGCGUGGUGGACGAGACUGUCAACCUGGACAUGGAGCCUGUCGGAACCAGCGCCAACGGCCAUCACCACAGCAACCAUGUCAACAACACCAACGGCAUCAGUGACCCCUUCGCCCUGUUUGCCUCUGAGGUGACCGCGCGCAUCCUCAACUGCCCCGAGCUGAGCGUGGUGGACACCUCGUCCUCAAUGUCCAGGCAGCAGCAGGGACCUGCGUCCACCUCGGCCACCUCAUCCCCCUGCCCAACGUCACCGCGCGGGCGCCUGCAGUGCGAGCGAUGGAGCUCCCGGGGGAAGGCGGCCAGCUGCGAGAGCAUCCCAGAGGAAGAGCCCUCGGGCUUGGGCGGGGGCCGUGGCGGUCCCGGGGGCCGGACCCUGGGGCCCGGCAGCCGACUGGGGCCCGACCUCAGCCGAUCGGUGUCCAAGCAGUCGAGCUGCGAGAGCAUCACCGACGAGUUCUCCCGCUUCAUGGUGGGCCAGAUGGAGGCGGAGGGCCGCGGCUUUGACCUGCUGCUGGACUACUACGCCGGCAACAGCGCCAGUGCCAUCCUGCAGGCAGCCGUGCAGCAGGCCGCCACCGGGGGGCGCCGUAACAACAACAACAACAGCAGCAGCAACGGGGGCAGCAGCGCACACCUGAGCCUGCGCUCGUCCUCCUGUUGCCUGUCCAAGCAGUCCAGCACGGAGAGCAUCACCGAGGAGUUCUACCGCUACAUGAUCCGCAACAUGGACAGGGACGGCCGACCCGAGCUGCUGCACUUCGGCGGCGGCUACGUGAGUGGACUGAGCCGGGCCAAAGAAUGGAGCAACAGCCUGCUGCCGCCCUCCCCGUCGGCCCGGAAUCCGUUCUGCAUCCGCCAGUCGUCGGUGCCCGACCGGCGGUCAUCGGACUCGCGACUGACCGUCACGGCGCCCAUCAAGGCGAACUCGUUCGACGGGUUCGCCCGGGGGUCGCGCGGCAGCACCGGUGGAGGGGUCGGGGAGACUGGCGGGCUGAGCGUGCGCUCGGCCGAGAGAGCCUCAGCUGCCGGACUCUGCAAGUCGGACUCGUGCCUCUACCGUCUGGGCCAGACGGACCGCGCCACCGACAUGCUUAUCCAUGACACGUGGUCCAGCUCCAUCGAGGCGCUCAUGCGCAAGAACAAGAUCAUCAGCGACGCCGCCAACGACUCCUGCGACGCCAUGGAAACGACAACGACAACAGCAGCAAGCACAGCAGCGCAGCCUGGGGUGUGCAACUUUGCUAGCCGCCUGGCUGCGGACAUCGUGGAGGGAGGGAGGUCCGCGGCGGUAGGCGCAGGCGGCCCGUCGACCGCUCAGCAGCAGCCGCAGGAAGCGGUCACCAUUCAAAAGCAGCCGUUUACGGUCGGGGAGAGGCGGCGGGGCUUCAAGCAGUCGCGCCCAGCGGGGGGGCGGAGCCAGUCGAGUCUGGAACAGCAGGAGAGCAUGGAGGCGGGGCCACAGGGCCACAGGGGCGGGGCCCGAGAGGUGCCACUCAUCCACAUCGAGCCGGACCAGAGAGAGGAGUCCAGGGAGGGUCCAGCGGAGAGGAGCGCCCAGCCAGGCAGCGGGGAGCAGAGAGGGAGAGAGAGGACGCUAGUGAGCAGAACCAGCGACAGGGACAAGCCGAUCGCGGCGUGGCCGCCACUGCCGACGCCGGGCGAAAGCGAGCCGCCACAGCACCGAUCUCUCAGUAACAACAGCAGCGAGGACAGCGGCUCAGGCAGCUGGGCGCAGGUCGUCGCCCCCGACGACGACCCUCAGGAGGAGAGCAGUAGCUUUAUCCACCUGAGCGAGGGGAAUGGGAACAGCAGCACAUCUAGCCUGGGACAGGUAGACUUGGAGGGCUUCCAGGAACCAUCUCAAAGAAUUAGCGACGAGUCUGAGAAGAAAGAUGCUUUGAAGGAGAGUCUUGAAGAGAGCCCCUCAAGUUCCUGUGCGGGUGGAGGCAGUGCCCGGGAGCUCCUGGUGUUGAACUUUGACCUGGAAGCAGACAGUGUGGACGUGGAGCUGCGCGCCACACUCCAGUGGUUGGCCGCAUCAGAGCUGGGUGCUUCCGCUCUGCACUUCAGGAAGUCCCAGCAGCGCAACAUCCACAAGUUCCAGCGCGUGGUGCAGCUGGUGAGCCACCGGUCGUGGCGUGUGGGUGACCUGUUUGGGGCGGUGGUGCAGUACUGCCAGCUGCUGGAGGGCCAGCAAGACACAGCGCCCCCUGCUGGUCUCUUCGACUGGCUGCUGGAGAUGCGCUAGAGCGUCAGGCCUCUUCUCCUCUCCCCAGCAUCUAUGGACCUGUUACAAACCUCACACACUCAUCCCCAGCCACCAAACACACACACACACACACACACACACACACACACACACACACACUUUCCACACUACAGAUCAUUCCAUUCAACUCUGAUCUAGCAUCCUUAACAUUCCAUACUGUCUUAAAUCACCAUUUCAUCCAUAAAAUCAGCCCAUUUUGCCAAACAACUGCACCAGACAUUCCACAAACACUUCACCUCUCUCCACAAACCUGAACUCUCAUUCCUGAACCCCUAUUCUCCUGACCAGCAAGUCCCUCUAGGACUGGCCACUGGAGCUGAAGGCAAAUGUGUGGUUAAUGAGGCUCGUCCCACUGGUGUUGAGAAAUGGAUGUUUUAUCCAGCAGGUUGCCCGGGUAACACACCUAUUGAGCACCAGUCAACAUGGCCACCACUGUAUGUAUGUACAGUAUGCUAUAAGUGCUGAGACGCCAUAAGUUCCUGACUGAACAAACCUCACCUUGGAGUGCCAUAAAACACAUGGCAUUCUGGGAAACAGGAAUUGUUGAACUGCCUGGAUUACUUCAGGGCACACUUGCCCCAUUUCCUGUGUCCUCCAUGUCUGGACCGAGUUGAUAGGAGAACGUUGUCCCUUUAAGAAAAAAAGGGGGAAAAAAACUACCUAAAGCUCUCCAUCUUAACAUGCACAGGGGGACCAAUCAGAGAGCAGCCUGCCUUGAGGAUGACACAGGAGGCUUCACCAUGGAAACGGCCUCGCCACCAACCUCUGGCAUGCGCAUGUCAUCAACGCCGCUUCCUCUAGGAGUAUUUCCUGUUCUUUGUGUUAAGCUUUCCAUUCGGGACCCAUUGAGACUGUGGAGUGACCAGCAUAACACCAGCCAGAUGUUCUGUUGUGGAGGGGGUCCAGGAAGUAUUUGAUCCAGAGGUGUAGACUUAUGCCGCAUUCCAGACAACUGGGAGGUCCAACUUUUCUGACCUCCUAGAAGGAGAAUUACAUUGGAACGCCAGUCGAAGUGGGAGGUCGUACUCGCCAGGUCUGGGCAAAUCAGUGUUCCCCCGACUUUGUUGAGAUGCAGUAAUCUGACGUCACACAACGAUGUCCGCGUGUAAACGUUUACAAAGAGAUUAUUGAAACGGAAAAAAGAAGGCUGUGUUCACAGUAUCAUGGGGUCUGUUACCUCGUACGUCGUUUUUCCGUCUCUGAUUGGUUUAUAUAAGCAAGGAGGCUGGACUGAUGACAGUCAAAUUGCCUUUUCAAUAAUAAAACAAAUGUCAACUUCUCACGGUCAGCCAUGUUCUUUGUUUAUCUCCGACGCUUUGAGGUCGGACCUCGUGAGCUCCAAGUUGGACACAUCGGACCUCCCAGCUGUCUGGAAUGCGGCAUUAUUAGGGUAUAUAGACUCUCUUUUCCCUGCUGUUUCCCUGCCUCAUUCCUUCUCAUAAUUCUUCAACUUAAUGUGCACAGCCCCCCUCCCCAAUACCACACACCCCAAACCCAACCCCUAUCCUCACACCUUUACUUAGUUGAUGUUUACAUUAGCCAAGACGUUGUUCUUCCCUCGUGCUGUUCCUGUUUUAUUUUGUUUUCCUCCUCUUUUGUUUUGUUGUUUUCGGAUUGUGUUGCACUGGCCUGUGAUGGAGUGAAGUGUGAGCUGAGAUGCUUUUAUUUUAUGAUAGCUGUACAUAGUGUAGAGUCAGCGCUACAGCCACACCUUUCUCCCCCAGGCUCGAGGGGCAGCACCGCUUCCUUUUUCAGACCCACAGACAGAGAGACAGACAGACAGACAAACAGUAGAGAUCUGUUGUUGAUACAGACAGACAGACAAAGAUUGACAGACAGUAGAGAUCUGUUGUUCAGACAGACAGACACGCAGUUGCCUGUAGAGAUUUAUUGUCGUGACAGAGAGACAGACAGGUGGCUGAAAAGAUCUGUUGUUCAGACAGACAGGUAGAAAGACACGCUGAGAGACACACGGGACAUAUGGAGCAGUAGUGGAGCGUCUUCAAUGUUAAUUUGUACGUGGCUCGGUUUUUGUGAAGUUUUCACACUGAGUAGUCGUGACGUUUGUGUUGUAUAUCAGCAAACAAAGCACACAAACAUACACACAUGCACACACACACACAAGCACACAGAUGCCCAAACUGUUACUGUAUUGAAUGUAUUUAUCUUUCUAGAUCAAUAAAAUGGACUUACACAACUGUUCAAAAGUUUGGAGUCACUUAGAAAUGUCCUUGUUUUCGUCAUUAAUGUUGUAAAUGACUGUUGUAGAAAGA